AAUGUGUGGUUUCAGUCUUUAAAAACUUUUUCAGAGUUGUGAUCAUGACCAGUUUGAAACUUUGUCUGUGAACGGAGAAUGAAUUGUCAUGUUAGUAACAUGAUUUGGCUAUCUCAGAGAUCACACACAAAAUUCAGAAUAUUCCUUCUGAUCCUCUUCUUAAUUGCUGUUGAGUUAAUGCAGCCAACAAUAUCAUGCAGGACCCAAAACUGCAGCCAUCUUCUUCACAGAAGUCUGAAGCUCACCAAGUUUAUGAACUGGAGCACUGCAGAACUCUUAAAAAUAUAUAAAGCCAGUCAAGGGGACUCCACAGACCUCAUCUGUGAUAUGCAAAUGGACAAUGUUCCAGUAUCAACAAUCUCUGGCCAGAGCAUACCCGAACGCAUCUUGAGCAUUUAUACCCACCUGAAAGAAUUUCUGCCACACAUGAGAACAGUGAUGGAGCAACAGAAAGACUUAGAACCUCCAACCAACCCUGUGGCUGAGGGGAUUAACAGUAUGAUUACACAUAUUCGCCACCUUGCUCUGAAGGUGAACUGUUUCUUGCAAAUGCUGCAGCCAAAUAUACCUAUUCCUGAACCAGCUGAAAGGCCAACAGGAAUCCCCACUGCACAAAAUAUUUUCCAGCAGAAGGCCUAUGGAUGCAUCGUCUUGUCUCGGCUUCAGGAGCUCCUUAGUCAAGCAGUUCAUGAACAGAAGUCUAUUAGGAGUAAAAUCUGCAGCAAAAGGACAAAAACAUUGUCGUUGAACUAAAAUGCAUUCAGUGAAAAUUUGACAGAAAAUAAUGUCUAUGUAAUUUAUUACUAUUUAUUUUUUUUAAUUAUUUUUUUUUACAUAUUUUACAGUGGAAAAAAUGUCCAGAGAAUAAUGUUUUGUGUUGAUAUAUUUAUUCAUAUAAUUUAUUUCUGUCUUUACCUAACUAUUUUAUUCCAUUAUGUAGAAAAAAAACCUAAUAAAACAAAAUAAUUUGUGUUAUAUCCAUUGGGACAAGAAUGGAUAAUCUCAUUUGGCUGUCAUUGACUGCUGUAGGUCCAUUUAUUAAUUAGACUGUAAAAAAUACACUUUAUGUAGUUAUCAAGCAUCAACUGUAAUCAAAACUGUACAUGAUUACAUGUGGUGCCAUUUGCCUUCCUAGAAAGAAGGCUCAAAGCCACUUUGGUUAUUUCAAAUUUCUUAACAACACUCAGUGAUGU